GUAUGUAAAAGAAAAACGCGGUUUUUAUUGUAAGAUGAAAUUUAAACUAGUGUUCUCGUCUCAGCUUCUGCCUAUUUACGUGCUAUUUAAUUUUUUUAGGGAGGCCUUCGUGGAGUGGUGUGGGCAGAUUGCAUGCAGUUUAUUAUUAUCUUGGUCGCCCCUACCGCACUGUUUGCAAAGGUCAUGGUUGACUCGCUGUCGGCAAACUCAACGAUUCAGCCACUGAGUGACAUGGACGUCGGGAUGUAUAUAGGAGAUUUCAGGUUCGACUUGACCAGCGACGAAAACGUAUGGUCCUGUAUCGUGGGAGCCUCAACACUGGCAAUGUAUCGACUAUGUCUUGACCAAAUGGUUGUACAGCGGAUGAUGGCAUCUCCAUCAGUGAAGCAAGCUCAAAAAACUGUGGUCUCUGGUACUUUCUUACUUCUUCUACCAAACGCUUCGUGCAUUUUAUUGGGGAUUGCGAUAACAAUAUGGUACAGAGGAUGCGAUCCAGGCCUGUCAGGUGCCAUACAGAAGAUUGACCAGAUUCUACCACACUACAUCAAUACUGAACUGGUAAAUAUACCCGGAUUGGCAGGACUAUUCUUGGCCGGUGUUGUAAGCGCUGCAACAAGCACAAUAUCAUCAGCGAUAAACUCCCAAGCAGCAAUCCUCUACAUCGACAUCAUCUCUCAAGGUUACAAAAGGGCAGACGAGCACGUCUUGAUGAUUACACGCAGCACAGCUCUCAUUUUAGGUUUGAUAAUGACAGCGUAUAGCUCACUGGUUAUACGCAUGGGAUCCUUAACAAGGAUACUUUUACUGGUGAACACAGCAUUCACAGCGCCGUUUGUUGGAUUGUGCAUCUUGGCAGUGUUGUUUCCUUUUGUUCAUUGCAAGGGCGCUGGUGUGGCGACACUCUCGAUGCUUGGCUACCAACUGUGGCACAUGGCUCAAACUAUCAAAACAGGAACAAGAGCUGCAAGGCUUCCAGUAUCUCUUAACUACUGCCCUGGAAAUCAAAGUAGCGCAUUUUCACCACUUAACUAUACCUCUACAAUGCCAAACCUUGAAUCAGAAGAAAUUUUCUUCAUCUUUCGCUUGUCACACUUCUGGAGCAGUUUCUUCGCUUUCAUCGGAACUAUCGUGAUUGCCGUAUUUACAAGUGUGGUUACAGGCGAAAUUAAGCAUAAAAAGGACAAAAAACUAUCCAAUGACGCCUUAGUGCGAAUUUGGCAGAAGAUCAGGAGCUAUGCUUCAAAAGAGGAACCUCAUAUUACAGAAUAUAGCUGCGAAGAAAAUUGCGUGCCUAAACCAGAAGGCGAAAGCCUCGUGAUGCAUGACCGGCCAGCUUGCACAAAUAAGCAAUUGCCGGCAAACUCACAGAAUUCUAUAUUACUUGCUGUAUAGAAGCGCAAAUAAAGGUUUA